AGAUAAUUUAUUUAUUGUUUUCAGGUACUUGCCUAUUCUGUUGCCUGCUCCUGUGUCUCCGCUUUCAGCGUGGGAAUCAUAGAAGCAGCAGAGGCUGAAGAAGCCAUGAACAAACUGCGGACCUUAGUGGAAAAAAAUCUGCAGACAUCCGGUUUUGCUUUAGCUCUUGGUACAGUUGUUCACGGUUUGUCAGUUUGUGGCCAUGGCAAAGCUGAAGACUUGAGUAACAAACUAAUGCCAGCCUGGAUAAAAGUUGUGAUUGCAGAGGGUUCUCCAACAAUGCAGCGUCUGGCUGCUGUCAAUGGGCUGGUUGCGCUGGUGGGUUCUGAAGGAGGCAUGAUACAGCUAAAAUCUGAAAGCAUCCAGACCUCCCAGUUUCAAAGUAAGCUCAAUGAAGUCAUCAGAAUCCUUACACAGAUAAUCAGUUUUUCGGGGCAGAUUGGCCUUCAGACAAAUGCAGCAGGACUUCUUGGACACCUUCAUAUGUCCUGUUUGUCUUCUACCCAAAGCAGGACAUCUGUUCCUCCAGAUUUUAGCUACUUGCCUGAAAGCAGCUUUAUCAGGGCAGCCAUUGACUUUGCCAUUGAAAGUGGAAAAAAAGGUCCUGAAUCUGUUCCAGCUCAGCUGGUGAAAGUAGCAUUGGCACCCAUUGCUGUAGUUGGAGGAAGUCAUCAGUAUCCACCUGUAAACUGGGCAUCUGUUCUUUCUCCUUUGAUGAGGUUAAACUUUGGUGAUGAGAUAAAGUAUCUCUGCCUUGAACUGGCUACGACACAAGCCCAAUCAUCUCAAAAUGCUGCAAUGCUUUUGGGGAUGUGGGUCGCACCUCCUCUUGUCUACAGUCUCAGUGUAUGUAUGUCAGAAAAUCUGUGUGACUUCAGCACUUCUUUCCUAAGAGAUCGCUCAGAUAGUAAUGAAGGUUAGAGUGUUAGACUGUGA